UGAGUCACGUCACUAAGGUGAGUCAUUUGGCAAAACAGAACAGUGUUCGACCCGUCUUGUGAGCUACUCCAUGAACAACUCGAGCUGGGUUUUGACGUCAAGUGAAGCUCCUACCACGCAUGGGAACAUGUCAGGAGUGUGUCAGGACCGAAGCAGCCGGUGGCAGAGUAUUGAAAAAGGGCUGCAGUUCAUCCAGUCUACUCUGCCCUUCAACGGCUCUCAAGAGGAGUAUGAGGUGUUUCUUCAGGAUCUGGUGAGGAAUCUGUUUGGUGAGGGUAAUGAUGUAUUCCGUGAAGGCAAUUGGGCUCGAUCUGUCGAGCUCUACACUGAGGCUCUAGAUGUAUCCGAAUACGCAGAAUCGGAAGAUAUCGAUGUCCCUUGUAAAACGAGGGAGCGCCUCCAUGCUAACCGUGCUGCAGCCUACUUACACAUUGGUCUCCAUGACCAAGCCUUAGAGGACUGUGAACAAGCUCUUCAGCUGAACGAGAGCAAUUAUAGAGCACAGUAUAGGAAAGCACGAUGCCUGAAAGAGUUGGGGAGACACCAGGAGGCCUACGAUAUCAUUGCUAAGUGCUCCAUGGCAGUGCCUCAGGAUGCCAGAGUGAUUGAACUGACUCAGGAGCUUGCCAAAAUAUUGGGAUUGAAAAUUCGUAAAGCCUAUGUGAGAGGCAAGCCUGCCUUAAAUGUUUUAUCUGGAUCCAGUGCAUCAGGAGCAGCAAAUGAAAGGUUUUCUCAGGCUUCUGUGGAAGACAUUGAAAUAGACGAGUGUCCGUUUACUCAGGGUGUUGGCACUCGGUCAGUGAACAUGCCAGUGUGUCCUCCCGGGAGUCAGAAAACGGAAGCGGAGCCUCAGCCUAUACCUGUUCACACAAUACCCACCAUAACCCCCUCUGAGCUGCCAAAUCCUGAGCCUGUCCCUCUGAUUAUGCCUGCAGUAAAUGGAUCCAAGCCCAGUGAUUCUUAUGCACAGCUGGACUUGGAUGGAGAGAUUUUAGGAGAUGAUCUGGAUGAACUGCUGGAUAAAGCAGCUCCAGCUGAUCUGCCCAUGGGCAUUCCUACAGUGCCGGGUGCGCUUCCGUUAACAAGCAGUAUUGGUACCCCGUGUUCCAUGGCUGCUCCUCUUCAGCCACAACCCUACAUGAGCCACACAAUGCUCAUGGCACCACUGUGCACUGUGACUCUGCCUGCGCCUUAUCAUAAACCCGACGCAUCGAUCUACUCCUUCGGCCUGGACUCCUUUCCCUCACAGCUGGAUUCACUGGAUAGCUUGUCUAUUUCAGAUUCUCAGCCAGAGAAAACUUUCCCACUGGAAACAGGUUUUGGCCAGCAUUCUUUUAUGAUGGGCACCAAUGAAAGAACCUUGCCCACAGUGCCACCCAUAGGAAUGAUGCUUGGCAUGCCAGAAAGCACUGGUUAUGCACAGGUACAGGAGUUUCCACAGCAGGUGGACCUUGCCAAGAAUCCACUUGCUGAAAGCCAUGAGUUUAAACAAGCCUGUUCUGUGUGCUAUGUUAAAACCGGGCCUGGGAUACUAGACUACACCUAUCAUACCGAGGAACAUAAAUGUAAAAAGGAUUUGUUGAUUGGAAGAAUCAAACACGUGGAGAACCCUACAUGGAAACUGAUCCGGCCGAGACCCAUCAAAAAUCAGUACAUGGGGCUUUAUUAUAUUUGCAAAGACGUUGCUAAUGGAGAAGAAUGUAAGUACCCUGGUCACUGCACGUUUGCUUACUGCCAAGAAGAAAUUGAUGUCUGGACCCUGGAGCGCAAGGGCUUCAUUUCCAGAGACCUGCUGUGUGAUCCAAGUGGGAGUCGAGCGAAGAUUAAUUUGACCGUUUCUAAAAUCCUACAGGAGCACCAAGGGAUAUUUCUGUUCCUCUGUGAGGUGUGCUUUGAUCACAAACCCAGAAAAAUCUGCAAACCCGGUAUCUGCUCUCAUCAAGUGAAACAGCAUGGGUUUAAUCAGAAUAAGUGCCUCAUCCAUUUAUUGAAGAGCCAGACGAGCCUGAAGUACUCCAAAAUUCGCCCAUACCAUUCACAGUGCCAGCUGGAUAUGUGUAGGCACGCAGUGCGCUACGGCUGCCAGCGAGAGGAUUUCUGUUUCUUUGCCCACAGCUUCGUCGAGCUCCAAGUGUGGAUGAUGCAACGUGAGCAAGGUAUUACACAUGAAGCUAUCGUCCAGGAGGCAAAAAAGUUUUGGAAUAUCGAGCACAGCUCACGAGAACAGGAGCUGCAGGCCGUUUUGAAGAAGUUUGGGCCUCCUAAUCUUAAAAUGCAGUUUGUGUGUGGUCAGUGCUGGAGGAAUGGGCAACUCACUGAGCCUGACAAGCACAAGAAGUACUGCAGCGCUAAGGCCAGACACCUCUGGUCCAAAGAUAGACGUGUGGUCUUGGUUAGCUCCGUGGAACGGAGGAAGUGGACAGAAGUUCGCCCUCUCCCAACAAGAAAGCCUGCACCUGCUCAGUUUGAGAUUUGCUUGCAUGUGGCUGCUGGAAAGAAAUGUCAGUAUAUUGGGAACUGUACUUUUGCCCACAGCAUGGAGGAGAGAGAUCUAUGGAUGUAUAUGAAGGAUAACAAUAUUGCAGAUAUGGAGCAGCUGUAUGAGAAUUGGCUUCAGUCUCAGAAGCCAGGCGGUAGCGAAGAGAGCUUGUGCAGUGCUGCUAAGGAGAAUGGAAAGCAAAUUCACAUGCCAACAGACUACGCAGAGGAAGUGGCUGGCAACCACUGUUGGCUGUGUGGGAAGAACUGUAACAGUGACAAACAGUGGCAGCAGCACAUCACCUCAGAGAAGCAUAAGGACCGCAUGUUCAACUCCGAGGAUGACCAGAACGGCUGGCAGUAUCGCUUCCCCACAGGAGUUUUCAAAGUCUGUGAGCGGUUCCUCAAGGGUACGUGCCCCAACGGAGAGAAGUGUACUAUGGCCCAUGGCGAGGAAGAGCUGAAGGAGUGGAUGGACCGCAGAGAAUUUCUUUUGAUGAAACUUGCCAAAGCCCGAAAUGAUCACUUGAUAGCGCCAAACGAUAACGACUUUGGCAAAUAUAGUUUUCUGCUUAAAGACAUAAAGUAAACUUUAAUUCAAAAAUGUGCCAGAGAUGUUUGAAAAUUAUGUUUCGGAAAUAGUGUUGAAGUGGACGAGCUCAAGUGAAGCUCCCUACAGUUCGAGAGGACAUGGCUGUUUUUUUUCCUCCCCUCUCUGGUUGAUGAUGCUAUUGGAAAACACGUAGCUGGAGCUGCAUUCUGCAAAAAUAUGGCUUCGUUAAUGUUAAAACAGAGGGGGGGAAAAAAGAAAACCAUUGUGUUUUAUGUUCCAGCACAGUAAGUGUUACACAAUGGGCCUCUCUUCCGAUUCCUUGACUUGUAGUCAGGCCAAAGACACCAAAGAGGAAAGACUGCAGUAUACAUGAAUAUUUUAAUAUUGGGUCACAUGAUCACGACAGGUUUAUGAGAAUUUGUCAGGUUAGUUUCCCUCAUGUUUUUAAUUUGCAGUGAUUUUUUUUUCUUUCCCCUCUCAUUUACAUUUUCUGCCAUUUUCACAUUGGCUUCAGCAUUAUUUUAUUUUCCCUGCUGUUAAUGGUAAUAAUGACAUGUCUGAUGGUUUAUUAUACACAUCAUGUGACAGGAGCAUGAGGUGUAAGUGAUUAUUCGAGGGUAAUUUCAAGAUGAUUUACGAUGCAUUUUGUUGGAUAGUUGGAGUUUAGUUGUCUCAUUGCUCUGAAAUGAGUUUAAAUAUCGCCACUCUCAGCUGUUUGUCAUUUCCAGACUUUUAAAUGGUUUCUAGGUUUACUAGAUUCAGUCUGCAUAGUUUUAAGUUCUGAUUUAAUGACGGUGUCCAUGCUGAAACAUUUGUGACCGAUACACAAAAGCCGGUUGAUGAGCUCGAACUAAGGUACUGCACUUUCUUUCUCCUUUAGUCUUUUAUUACCAUCUCACUGUAGAAAAGCGCACUUUCCUGCCUUGUUUGACCUUUUUAGAUAGUGUUUCAAAUACAACAUUCUUUCCCCAACCCUUGUAUGGAUAAUGUAAAGGCCACCUAAAGCCCAUACAUGCUUCAUCCUGCUUGAAAAUGAAAGAUUGUUUGAAUAAGUGGUAGAGUUCUCAGUAUUCACUAGCAACAUCCUGUUUAACGUCCUUUAUCUGAGACGCACAUGGGGGACAGUAACGCAGAAAAAUAUUUUUGCAUGUUUAAAGCAUGUUUUAAUACUGACUAAAUAAAAGUAGAAAUGCCUUUGUUUCCUCUUAAAUACAUUUAGGGAUGUCAGUUAUAAGCUAUACCCAUGUGCAAGAAAGUUAGUAUUAAAAUCCAGGAUCCCUCGUACCCUAGACGUACCAGAGGGUCAGGUUCUCAUUCCAUCCAACCAACCAAGCAGGAGCACCUCAUUCUGCUUCUUUGAUUGGCUCUUAGUCUUCAAUCAGCUAAUUUCUGGUUAUAUUUCAAAUUAUAAAGAUAUGCCCUUGAUUUAUUUGACCUCGAGUCUUUGUAUACUCUGUUGAAGUUAUUACAGAAUCUCUGACGUAAUGAAUUGUUACAGCAUCGUGCUGACUGCCUUUACUGGUAUUGUCGCUCCAUUGUGCCUGCUGUUGAGCAGCAUUUUUCCACUUGCGUAUACAUUUUCCCCACCCAUGGGACAACUGUGUAUACAAAAGGGCUGCUAUUCUUAAACAUUUCACUUAGUUUGGUGAUCAUUAACUUUUUUUUUUUCUCUUUCAGCAAGAUUUCAGAUCUUUUAUUACGUUUUAGCUGUAUUCAUGUAGCAUACUGAGAGUUGAGGUCCUUGCUGGAAGACAUGUCAAUCUGGGGAGGUGGAGGUUUUGUCUGGACCCCCACCCAUUGACUUAUCCAGAAUGUGAAUAAAACGGAACAUGUUCAUUGUA